GUGCGCGGAGCAGUUCGCUGUCUCCAGAGCGGUUCGGCCCAGCCAUUCGCCUCGGCGCCCAGGCCCGGUGCGCGCGUGCGUGAGCGCGCCUGCGCCGCCGGAGCCGCUGCCAGGGGGGAGGGCGGCCACUUCAGGAGGAUCCUUUUCCCCCAGAAAUUACUCAAUGCUGAAGCUUUUUGGAUUGGUACUAGAGUCAUUGGCAGCACCAUGGAUGGGUUUUAUGAUCAGCAAGUCCCUUUCAUGGCCCCAGGGAAAUCUCGAGCAGAGGACUGUCGAGGGCGGCCUGUGAUUGACAGAAAGCGGAAGUUUUUGGACACAGAUCUGGCUCAUGAUUCUGAAGAGCUGUUUCAGGAUCUUAGUCAACUUCAAGAGGCUUGGUUAGCUGAAGCACAAGUUCCUGAUGAUGAGCAGUUUGUCCCAGAUUUUCACUCUGAUAACUUGGUGCUUCACGCCCCCCCGCCCACCAAGAUCAAGCGGGAGCUGCACAGCCCCUCCUCUGAGCUGUCAUCCUGCAGCCAUGAGCAGCCUCUCGGUGCUAACUACGGAGAAAAGUGCCUCUACAACUACUGUGCCUAUGACAGGAAGCCUCCUUCUGGGUUCAAGCCAUUAACUCCUCCCACCACCCCCCUGUCACCCUCCCACCAUCAGAAUUCCUUGUUCCCCCCACCCCAGGCGACCCUGCCCUCCUCAGCCUCAGCAGCGCAUGCCCCUGGAGCUGGCCCAGUCCCAGUCCAAGCUGUGGGCCCUGCUCCGACCCCUCAUCCGCUUUCAGAACCUGGACCACAGCAGCAAACCUUUGCAGUCCCUCGGCCACCGCAUCAGCCCCUGCAGAUACCAAAGAUGAUGCCUGAAAACCAGUAUCCGUCAGAACAGAGAUUUCAGAGACAGCUGUCUGAACCCUGCCACCCUUUCCCCCCUCAGUCAGGGGUGCCAGGGGAUAACCGGCCCAGUUACCACCGGCAAAUGUCGGAACCGCUCGUCGCUGCUGCCCCCCCACCCCCUCAGGGAUUCAAACAAGAAUACCAUGACCCGCUGUAUGAACAUGGGGUCUCAGGCAUGCCGGGUCCCGCAGGGCAUGGAUUCCAGUCACCAAUGGGAAUCAAGCAGGAGCCCCGAGAUUACUGCGUUGAUUCAGAAGUGCCUAACUGCCAGUCAUCCUACAUGAGAGGGGGAUAUUUCUCCAGCAGCCAUGAAGGUUUUUCAUAUGAAAAAGAUCCCCGGUUAUACUUCGAUGACACUUGCGUUGUGCCUGAGCGACUGGAAGGCAAAAUCAAGCAGGAGCCGACCAUGUAUCGAGAAGGGCCCCCUUACCAGAGGCGAGGCUCACUGCAGCUGUGGCAGUUCCUGGUCACCCUGCUUGAUGACCCAGCCAAUGCCCACUUCAUUGCCUGGACUGGCCGAGGCAUGGAAUUCAAGCUGAUAGAACCUGAGGAGGUUGCGCGGCGCUGGGGCAUCCAGAAGAACCGGCCGGCCAUGAACUACGACAAGCUGAGCCGUUCUCUACGCUAUUACUACGAAAAGGGCAUUAUGCAGAAGGUGGCUGGGGAGCGAUACGUCUACAAGUUUGUCUGCGACCCGGAUGCCCUGUUCUCCAUGGCCUUCCCGGACAAUCAGCGCCCACUCCUGAAGGCAGAGUCCGAGUGUCCCCUGAGCGAGGAAGACACCCUGCCCCUGACCCACUUUGACGACAGCCCUGCUUAUCUGCUCGAUGUGGACCGCUGCGGCAGCCUCCCCUAUGCCGAAGGCUUUGCUUACUAAGUUCUUGAGUGGCUGAGCGGCCAAACCCUAGAGCUAGUGGCUCCCAUUCAGCAAACGAGGGCAGUGGUUUUGUGUUCUUGGCUGUUCCUAAAGCUUGCCCUUUG